CGGAGCUGUGAGUCGCCGCAAUUUUUGAUUUAUCUUAAUACUAGAUUCCCGUUGGAUCAAAAUUUGAAGUAAGAGGACUAUAUCUAUAGAAGCUAUGGCACUUCGAUUGAUAAGCAGGAGGUUUGGGAGCAGAAUCUUGAGUUACCGUUCUUCCUCUGUUGCUUCCCUUCAUUCUCACGCCACAAGUUUCGGGUUCCAAGAAGUGAAGGAAGAAGAUAAAAGCAAAUUGGUUGGUAACGUUUUCACCAAUGUUGCUUCCAGUUAUGAUAUCAUGAAUGAUGUCAUGAGCGGUGGCUUGCAUAGGCUUUGGAAGGAAAGACUGGUUGGGAAGCUGAGUCCAUUUGCAGGGAUGAAGCAUCUUGAUGUGGCCGGUGGAACAGGUGAUGUUGCGUUUAGGAUCUUUGAUGCUGUUAACAGUGUCAAACAUAGAGCCUUGCGGAAAGUUGAUGAGGAAUCACUUGAAGAAACUCAGAUAUACGUAUGCGAUAUUAAUCCCAACAUGUUAAACGUUGGGAAACAACGUGCUGCUGAGAGAGGUCUAAGAGAUAACAAGUCACUCGUAUGGGUCGAAGGAGAUGCAGAAGCCUUGAGUUUCGAUGACCACUCAAUGGAUGGAUACACUAUUGCUUUUGGAAUAAGGAAUGUCACACACAUCGAAAAGGCUCUCUCGGAGGCUUACAGGGUGCUAAAACGGGGAGGGAGAUUCUUGUGCCUUGAGCUCAGCCAUGUAGACAUUCCGGUCUUCAAAGAUGUAUACGAUUUGUAUUCUUUCAAGGUCAUUCCAAACUUAGGGGAACUAAUUGCCGGUGACCGGGACUCUUAUCAAUACUUGGUUGAGAGUGUUCGUCGGUUUCCCCCUCAGGAGAAAUUUGCAACGAUGAUAGCAGACGCAGGAUUUGAGAAGGUGGAGUACGAGAACCUUGUUGGUGGCGUUGUCGCUAUUCACUCUGCUAUAAAGCUCUGAUCUUUCUUUCAGUCUUUUUCCUUCUGCAUUUUGUCUGUUUCGAACCCGAACUGUAAAAGUUCAUCAUAGAUAAUAAAUCUCUGUACAAGAGUGGAUCUGCAUCUUACUUGUUAACUUUCAGUCUAUUAUUUUAUCAAAUUUCAUUACAAC